AUGCUGUUCGAAGCGUGCCCUCUGGGAGAUAAAGUCCCGAACUCGGCGUUCGGGCCAUCGGCGGAAAAGCGGACCGGAAGUGGCUUUGGCGAGUGUGCGCACUCCGGCGGCUGGCGGUGCCGCGCCGCUCUGUGUGACCUCAGCAAGAACUCUUCGCUUGUUAAGCACCGGCGGGUGCACACGGGCGAGAAGCCCUUCAGCUGUGGGGAGUGCGGGUGCGCCUUCAGCCGGAGCUCGCACCUCGCGCAGCCUCAGCGAGUCCACACCAGGGAGAGGCCGUUCGCCCGCUGUGAGUGCGGCAGAGCCUUUGCCGAGUCUUCAGGCCUCCUGGUCUCCCACAGGACCCACGCGGGGAGAGGCCUUGUGAGUGCCGCAUGUGCUACAGGGCGUUCGGCCUCCUCUCCUCGCUGGCCGAGCACGAGCGCGGCGCUCCGGGAAUGUGGGAAAGGCUUCAGCCAGAGCUGCUCCCUCCGCAAGCUCCUGAGGACACGUACGGGUGAGAAGCCGCACCCCUGCGGGCACCGCGGCCACUCUUUCGGCCAGAGCUCCUUCCUGGCCAAACACCAGCGGGUGCGCACGGGCGAGCGGCCCUACGCAGGUGGAGAAUCGUGA